AAAGAUGGAGCAGUGGAGUGAUCGACGAUGAAAAAUUUUCUAAAAUAGCACAAUUAGAUAAAGAAUUUCGCACUCAAGUUUCGUUUUUGUUUCGGACACUUUCUGGUAUUAAUAAAACAGGAGAAGGAUUUGGUGGAUCUCCGAGGCAUUUAGACCAAUUACUGCUACGGAUGGAUUAUAGCAAGUGGUUUUCAGUGUGUAAUGGUAAACCUGGUAGCGGUACAAAUAAGCCUUCAACGAAGAAUUCCGGAAACUCAACAGAACCUACUCCUGCCAUAGUGGUUAUAAAUGUGGGGGAACAGGUUGGACCAGCUAUAUUUUAUUUUAUUAAGAGGGGGCAUACCUCCUCAGAUAGCACUUCGCCUAUUUCUCCUGCAAAUAACCAUAAGUCUCAUUCAAAAGAAGAGCCUCCCAAGAGGGACCCUUUGAAUCGUUUAAAAGGUGCUCCAAAAGAUGUUAUUCCUCUAAGUAAAGUUCCGCGGCGUCAAAGGUCAUCGAGAUUUCAUGCCUCAGGAGUAGUUGAAUUGGAAAAAUUACCUAAUUUCAACGAAGUUUCACCGGACAAAAGACAAGAACUUUUCCUAAGAAAACUUAAUCAAUGUUCGGUAAUUUUCGAUUUCAAUGAUGCAAGUAGUGACCUAAAAGGAAAAGAAAUAAAAAGGGCAACAUUGUCUGAGCUCUUGGAAUAUAUUACUACAAAUCGUGGAGUGAUUACUGAGCCAAUAUAUUCAGAGGUCGUUUCUAUGUUUGCUAUUAAUCUUUUUAGAACUAUACCUCCACAAGUUAAUCCAAUUGGUGAUGCUUUUGAUCCUGAGGAGGAUGAACCAGUUCUCGAACUUGCAUGGCCACACCUUCAGAUUGUUUAUGAAUUUUUCCUUCGAUUCAUUGAGUCGCCCGAUUUCAAUACAAAUAUUGCCAAGAAAUAUAUCGAUCAACAAUUCAUAUUACAUUUAUUGGAAUUAUUUGACAGUGAAGAUCCAAGAGAACGUGACUUUUUAAAGACUACAUUACACCGAAUUUAUGGAAAAUUUCUAAAUUUACGCGCAUUUAUCCGAAAAUCGAUUAACAACGUGUUCUUCCAAUUUAUAUAUGAAACAGAACGUCAUAAUGGUAUUGCUGAAUUGUUAGAAAUUCUUGGAAGUAUUAUCAAUGGUUUUGCUUUACCAUUAAAAACAGAACAUAAAACAUUCCUUACAAAAGUGUUGAUACCUUUACAUAAAGUCAAAUCAUUGACGUUGUAUCAUCCACAAUUAGCUUAUUGUGUUGUACAAUUUCUAGAAAAAGACCCUUCGUUGACAGAAGAAGUCAUUUGUGGCUUAUUAAGGUACUGGCCAAAAGUAAACAGUCCCAAAGAAGUAAUGUUUUUGAAUGAGAUUGAGGAAAUCUUAGAUGUUAUAGAACCACAGGAAUUUGUAAAAGUUCAGGUACCACUAUUUCAACAAAUUGCAAGAUGUGUAUCAAGUCCACAUUUUCAGGUUGCAGAAAGAGCUUUAUAUUAUUGGAACAAUGAGUAUAUUGUUAAUUUGAUAGGAGAUAACGUAAACGUCAUUUUGCCAGUAAUGUUCCCACCUUUAUACCAAAAUUCUAAAGCUCAUUGGAAUCGAACGAUCCAUGGUUUGGUAUAUAAUGCGCUAAAGCUAUUCAUGGAGAUUAAUCCAGCACUAUUCGAUGAAUGUACGGCACAAUACAAACAAAGCCGUCAAAUGGAAAAGAAACGAAUGAGAGAAAGAGAGGAAACGUGGCAUAGAUUAGAAAGAACAGCUGCACAUAAUGCUCAAGGUCUUCCAUUACCUUAUUCAAUUGGUGGUCCUUCAACAUCUUCAAGAACUAAUUCAGAAUUGCUGAUCUACAAACACCACUACUUACAUACAUCGGACUCUGAAAACUCUACAGUAGACAAUAAUUCAAGUGAGGAUGAGCCCGUAGAAGAACCAAAAAGUGACGUACCAGAAGAUAACGAUGAACACGGGGAAAUGGGGGAAAUGUUUCGUCGUAAAUCCAUCAUACCUGUUGAUGAAACUGUGUUAUCUGAACUAUCUAGGCAUCGUAGCUUGGAAGAAGUUCUUAACGGACCUCCUGACGGAAGCAACUCAAAUACCCCUUAA